CAAAAAUUGCAUUCAUAACCUCAAAUCAAAAAUGGAAAUUAACAUUCGAAGACUGAAAUAGCCACAGAAAAAAAUGUUUUUAUAUCCAAUAGUUUUUAUACAAAGUGUUUUUUUCUAAAACGAAUUCACUGAAGAUUCGCAAUGAAAUCUAAAUCCCCCACUUUGGCUGCGAUUCCCAAAAAUGAGGAGAAGAAAACAGUCUAUAUGGUUCCUUAUGUAAUUUUAUCUAUUUUUCCCUUGAUAAUCUCCUUCAUAACCGUCUAUGACCUAGAAUGGGAAGAACAUGUAUCAAUUACCAGAGGAACGAUUAUAUUUUUUUGUGGUUUACUAUUUUUUACUUGUUUAUAUCAAGCUUUAAAUUCUAUUUUUCUACACACCAACAAAGGAAAAGUAAUUAUUAAGGUUUACAAAUUUAGCAUUAGUGAUGUUUACGACAUAAGUAAUAAACAAGUUUCGGCAGUGCAGGCUCUAUUUUGUUGCCUAACGGGCAUCACGUCGGUGGCCUAUUCUUGCAAACGCGAUGUCUUGAGAGUUUCCCAUUACAUUUCGGAGGCUUACGCCUGGUUCGGGGCAGCUUAUUUUUUCUACGACAUAUGGUCUAUGUACGAGGUGUACGUAGCGAAGAAAUUCGGAAAUCAGAUGAACGGGGACUUCAAUCGAACUAAGACCCUGUCGACGUUUUCGAAAUGGAUGAGUUACCUUAAAAAUAAUUUCGUUAUAGUUGGGCAUCACAUAUUUAUCGGAUGCUUUGGAUUUUUAGUUAUUACUUAUUUAAGGGGAGGAUUAGGCGAUUGCUUCUUCGGAUUCGUGUACCUGAUGGAAGCAAGUACUCCUUUUGUGUCUAUAAGGGGCAUAUUGUCCAAAGCAGGGUUAAAAAAUACUGGUGUUUACGUAUUAAAUGGACUUAUGAUGUUGUCUGUGUUCUUCUUAUGCAGGAUUGCAAUGUUUCCACUAGUAAUAUAUUUGUACGGAAACGCCGUAGGAAAGGAUUUCGUAUCUGCGGUUUAUUCAUUACCCAGAGGUUGUCUGAUAAGCAUAGCCAUAUUGUUGUUACCGCAAAUGUACUGGUUCUAUCUGAUGGUGAAAGGAGCUUUAAAAGUACUGGCAGGUCCAUCUAAUAACAAUAACACUUAAAAGUCUCGAAUUAUAUAAAAUUAGUUCGUGAACAAAAUCAAAAUAUAUGGAAUGGUGAUUAGGUUGUAAUUAUGUGCAUCUUCAAAUUACGCAAUAAAAUGUUUAAAAUCAAACAAAACUAAUUCUUUUGAUGAUGUUAAUCAAAUACUUUGUCCAUUCUUGCCUCUUCGUUCGUACGUAAGAAUGUUUUAGGUUGUCAGAAUUAAAUUUAUGUGUAUUAGAAUUACGUGGCGGUUUUUAAAGUCUGCUGAAUUUGGAGGUGCACAAAGACCACAGCAAAAAGUUCAAGAUAUUUUAAAGGUAUCUCUAGACUCUUGCCAAGCAAAGCCAAUUACAUAAGGAAGGAUAUUCAUUGGGCGUUUGGGAUUCACUCGAUACUAAAUUGCUCAUAAUUGAAUACAGUUUACAAACUUUCAAGCAAUGUAAGUACUACCUUCCCCCAAGGUUACCGAUUAAAUCAUACGCAGGCGCACUUACAUUUUUUCUGAGUUACUGAACACUACAGAAUUGACAAGAAUCUGGAGGUGGUAAUAUUUAUAUGUUUAACAUACCUAAUUGUACGCUAUAAAUGUCUGUUAUAUUUGUUGUAAAUGUUAGAUGAUUGCCGAAGAAACUUGAAAAGAGGCUAGAGGUAAUAUUAUCAAUGUAUACACAUUUAAAAUGUUUACCACAUCCCACCUGUUAACGUCUACUGCGUUCAUUGAUUAAAAAGAAUAAGGCAUGAGUACAGUUUUACCGUAAAUUUAGAGUAAAAGUCGCUUCACUCCUUACUCCUUUUGGCUUAAUGAUUCCAGUACCUGUUGAAGAGAUAGACGAACUUGAGAACUUUCAGUCUGUCUAUAGUGAGUUUGAUUACCAUUCUUAAGUUGGUCUAUCUCGAAACCUUCGAUAUUGGUGUAGUACUAGUUUAAAACAAAUCAGAGGUAUUAGUAUAUGUCUAUUACAUCCUAUAUUAAUGUUAUAUCUGUUAUAAGUGUUUGUUGUAGCCAUAAAAACGAUUUAGAGAUUAAAAGACUUGACGUUUUUGGCUUAUGUUGUUUUCCAUAAAUGUAUUUGUAAAAUUGAUCCAAUUCGUAAUAUUUUUGCGAUAUUAUGUAUGUAUUACUUAAGUUCAAAAAUUGUGUUUUAACAUUAUUAUUUCUAGUUUAAAAACUGGUAAAAAGUAUUCAAAAAUACCGUGGAUAAAAAUAUCCAAAAUUAUCACUGAAGUGGUGUUGCCACGUUGCGAAAUUGUUGUACAUUCGCUGAUAAAAUAAAAAAAAUCAUUACGAAUUGGAUAUUUAUGUAAAUGGUAUAAAAUUGCAGCUUUUUGAGGUCAUCUGCUACGCUGUUUCCUAAUUUUUUGUUUUCAAAAUUUGCGCUCACAAAAAUUUGCAUGACAAAUAAUCUUAGAAUACAUAUACAGGGUAAAUUUAAUAAAUUUAUAACAUUGAUUUUACCAAGACUAUAUUUUUAGAUGAACGUAGUUUUUACUAAACGAUUGACUGGAAUUUUUUAAUCUGUCCUUUGGUGUGAUAAUAAAUCUUCGAAUAUAAUAUUUUCAAUCUAUAUUAGUCAAUCAGCGUAAACUAAUUAAAUUUUUCCUAACUAGGGAAGUAAUCAAAUAAGUGUUUUGAGAUGUUAUAGUUAAAUGGAAUUUGUAAGAGUAGUUUUAAAUUAUUUAGGAUCAAAUUCUAUGAGUAGGAAUUAAUUAAUCUAAUAUUGAAGCUAUCGAGGGAAAGUAACGACUAAUUAUAAUAUGUAAAUGGAUUUUUGAGAGCAAAUGAAGAGUUACGGAACGUUCCACAGUUAUUUUUUGCCAAUUUUUUACACAAAUCCAAAGAAAAUAUUUGAAUAAAUAACGAACGCUCUUUUGACAAUAAUUACGUUAUAACAUUUUAAAAUAAAUUAGUCGAAUUUUUGUCAUGCAGAUUGAAAUUCCUUUUAAUAACGAACUAUUUCAGCGAGUAAUUUCGGUACUAUAUUCUCCCUAAAAAGGCGUACUCACGCAUGAUUAUUGUCGUUGAAUGUACCUAACCUACCCAAUGAUUGUGAUUUGAUGUGUUGCACAUAGGUACUCGAUAUUUCUAUAAUUUAUUUCCCCUUAUUUAUUUGCCUUUUUUAUAAGAGUACCUACAAUGAA